CACCCCAAAUUCCCAAUUCCUAUCUGCAAAAUCUCUUCUAAACCCUCCUCUCAGCCCAAGCUCGCUGACUCUUUCCUUCUCUGCAAAUGGCUAGACUCCAGCCCUACACAACUACACACAAGGUAACAACUUUCUCAUCAACCUUUGCAUUACUUGCUCCCCCAUUAUCUUCUCUUUCUUUUCCUCUUUGUUCUUUAAAAACCCAGAAAGAGAACUCUCUCUUCUCCACCACCAACACCACCCGUAAAAGACCCUUUUCGCUCUCCACUCAACCAAGAAGACUGCUUUGCAGACCUCCUCUGGGCAAGUAUGUUAGAGAAGACUAUCUUGUGAAAAAGAAGUCAGCACAAGAGAUACAGGAGCUGGUAAGGGGAGAAAGAAAUGUGCCGAUUAUCAUUGAUUUUUAUGCCACUUGGUGUGGACCUUGUAUUUUGAUGGCCCAAGAACUUGAAAUGCUUGCUGUGGAAUAUGAGAGUAAUGCCAUUAUUGUUAAGGUCGAUACUGAUGAAGAGUAUGAGUUUGCACAUGACAUGCAGGUUCGAGGUUUGCCAACGCUGUUCUUCAUUAGUCCAGAUCCAAAAAAGGAUGCAAUCCGAACAGAAGGGCUCAUUCCAAUACAGAUGAUGCGUGAUAUUAUUGAUAAGGAUAUGUGAAUGAAUAAUUUGAGAGAGUGAGGUCUUCAUUUUUGCUAUAAUUUGAGGCUUGUUGUAGAAUGAUUCAUAAUUUUGGGAACUGUAUAAUUCUUGUAGUAGAAAACUGUAUAAUUGUUGUUGUAGAAAGGCUUCCCUAAAUGAUUACCUCUUCUCUUUGUUUCUCACUCUCUCAA